AUGCUAGAACAAUGCCGUAUGGACGUGCGGUUCCAUCUGGAAGGAACACCGUACGUCGCCGAUGACACGAUAGGCACCGGCGCCUAUGGAGUCGUCUGUAAAGCAAAACACUUGCCUUCACAACGAGCCGUGGCUAUCAAGAAAAUUCCUCGCGCUUUUGCAGCGCAUACGCUGGCGAAACGGUCGUUGCGUGAGGUGCGUAUACUACGGGAACUUCGACACGAGAACAUCAUCGCCGUACUCGAUAUGUUCACUGCCGAGGGCACUCAU